GACACACAGCGGGAGUAAAAACCGAAAAUAUCCGAAGUAUUCUCUUGCUUACUUGGAGAAUUUAAAAUAUGUAGUACAGCAAAAUAUAAGAGGCAGCACUUAUCAGCAGCAUAUUUAUUUAUAUACAUUUUGCACAUGUAAUUUGGUAGGAUGUAAACACUAGAUCAAAACAUACGAAAGUGAGGUUACUAAUUAGUUUAAAUAACUUUUAAAUUAAUUAUGUGGAUAAUUGAAGUUUUGAGUUUGUUUUAAAUAUUUUAAAAUAUAAAUUUUAAAAUGCCACCAAAAACUGUGAUGAUAACUCAAGAGAGUCCAGCUAAUGCAUUAGCUCUCAAUAAAGAUCAUUCACAAGUUGUCAUUGCUGGACGAAAUGUUUUUAAAAUCUUCUCGGUGUUGGAUGACAAGUUCGAAGAAAUUUAUAAUUUACGAGUUGGUAAAAAUCUAAAUUUAAAUUUUUCCUGCAAUGAUGUCACGUGGAAUUUAAAUGAUGAUCAUUUGAUAGCAACCGCGGCAACAAAUGGAGCAGUCGUACUGUGGAAUUUGAAUAGAUUGACACGUUCCAAACAGGAGCAUGUGUUUACUGACCACAAAAGAACUGUAAAUAAGGUGAGCUUCCACACAACAGAGCCGAUGUGGUUGAUAUCCGGCUCCCAGGAUGGUACAAUGAAGUGUUUCGACAUUCGUAUAAAAGAAGCUACCAAGACAUUUUACAGCAACACAGAGUCUGUGAGAGACGUUGAGUUUUCUCCGCACCAGCAGCACACAUUCGCAGCCGUGUCUGAGAAUGGACAUGUGCAGCAGUGGGAUAUGCGACGUCCGGAUCGUUAUUUCCAACAUUUUACAGCUCACAGUGGGCCCAUUUUCGCGUGUGAUUGGCACCCGGAGAACCAGUGGCUGGCAACCGCUUCCCGGGACAAGACUAUCAAAAUUUGGGACUUGACGUUGAAGCCAACUUGUGAGUACACCAUUCAUACGAUUGCUUCUGUGGGUAGAAUUAAAUGGAGACCGCAGAGAAAGUAUCACAUUGCGAGCUGUGCUCUGGUUGUUGACAGCAGCAUAAAUGUAUGGGACAUUCGGAGACCUUAUAUUCCAUUUGCGAGUUUCAAUGAACACAAAGACGUGACGACUGGUAUCGCUUGGCGAGGAGAUCCUCAUUCAUUUAUAUCAACUAGUCGUGACUGUACGCUGUACCAUCACGCUUUUCAGGAAGCAAGUCGUCCAGCAACUCAGGCAAAUCCUCAGGGACUAGACAUAAAUCCGCACUGCGAAGUUGGGUUUGCCAGCAAAGUCAAUACCAACACACCUCCAACACUAAAACAUUUGACAACUUUGAUGAGAAAAACUCAGACGAGUAGUGAUAAUUUUUGCUCGGCAUUGAGUACUGUCCAAAGAUUUACUCUCAAUACUUCUAAAGAGUCUAAUUGGUUUGUAUACUGCGCAAAAAGGUAUAUUUUAAACGGAAGACUGAGUGAUAUUUGUGAUCACAAUUCAAAAGUUGCUUUAGAUGGCGGUCGCAUCGACAUCUGCUAUGUUUGGAAAAUAAUUAAAUCCUUUUACGCUGAUCCCCUGGACAAUAUGCCCAAGAAUAUUCCUGACAAAGACGAAAUUUUGAAUAUAUCCCAGAUGACACUCAAGGCGACUGGAACGGAGCAGAAUAACACAGUGAUUGAGAAUGAGGUCAAGUCACUGCAGGGAGACGGGUUGGGUGGCGUCAGUGGUGGAGACGACGAGACUGAGACCGAUGAAAUGCCAGAAAAUUUGAAUCCUCUGUCGAAUAUUUCUACGGGAUAUAAAAAAUCUCUGAAUGGAUACAAACGUAAGCCUAAGAGCGAUUUCAUUUUUGGUGAAUUUGAGUUUGAAUCUCUUGCUUUGGAGUAUAAUACAGGUGACUAUAUUGAUAAUACGAUAAAUGAUAGUGACUGGUCAUUGCCUAAGGAAGCGUUUCCGCUGAGACACGAGAUACAGGACAGAUCACCGCCGCCCGAACAAUUCUCUAAUCCCUCGGAUAUUAAUGACGACUCGGGUUCGGUGACUGUUGAAGAUCAACCCUGUCACCUUAUCGUCAACUCUGUACCCAAGCCAAAGUUUUUCGACCCCACGCCUCUCGUCGAGGAAGCUCUUAUGCACCACGUGUCGAUACGCGAUGUCCAGACCUCCGUCUCAAUAUUAAUGGCUCUGGGGUCCAACAGAAAAGGUCUCAAUAUAUCGACAGCCAUCCAGGAGAGCUGGCUUCUAGAGUACAUUGAUCUUCUAGGCAGGUUCAAACUCUACGACGUCGCUACUCAGAUUAUUCAAAACGCUUGGAUACCAUCAAUAUCUCAAUUAAACCAGCAGUCAACGACAAUCCACGCGAGUUGUACCUCAUGUGGGAAAGCUUUUCCACCGACCACGUGGUUCUGCGACCAAUGUAACAAAACUAAACUGUCUCUUUGCUCGAUUUGCCAUCAGGUGGUCAGAGGACUGUAUACCUGGUGCCAAGGGUGCACGCACGGCGGGCACAUAAAACACAUGAAAGAAUGGUUUCAAAAUAAUCGACAGUGUCCAACAGGAUGUGGUCAUAUGUGUGAAUAUAUUUGA